UGUUUAUGUUCCUGGGCCUGACGUGACAGGACGUUCACCGCGGGUUUGUUUUGCUGCCAGCGGAGGUGUCAUCACUCACACUGUCAUUACAGAGAGCUGGAGACCCCUACACGCGUGUAUCUGACGUUCACUCCGACGCGAGACAUGAAGAAACACCGGGAGCUAUGGAAAGUACAUGUUGUGUCCUGAGCGACAACGAAGAGCUGCAAACACGAAACACCGAGAACAACCCGCACUCCGAGAGGUCCAAGACGCUGUUUGAGGAAAUCCGAGCCUCCAUCAACAACAAUGACAAGGAGGACCGCUCCUUCUGGAGGCCCGUGCUGCCCUGGGGCGGCGUCUUCACCAUCAAGGCGGGACGAAAAGCCAUAUCAUGCACCCCCCUGUACGUCAAGAUCAACCUGAAGAACACCUGCACCAUCGACGGCUUCCUCAUGAUCCUCUACGUGAUCCUGCGGGACAACCAGGGCUUCCCCCGGGAGCUGGCUGUCUUCCUGGGCAAGCAGUUCGUGGAGUGUUUCCUCUACCUGAUGGACUCCUGCGAUUACACCACCGUGAAGAUGCUGUGGAUCUGGGACAGGAUGUCCAAGAGACAGUACCGCUCCGAGGUCCACCAGGCGGCGUUGGAGAUCGACCUGUUCGGCAACGAGCACGAGAACUUCACAAAGAACUUGAAGAACCUCAUGUCCACCAUACAGGAGAGCCUGUGCACCAGCUGGAGCUGCCCAGCGCGCUUCCAGGAGUUCAUCAAGAUCACCAUCAACAUCAGCCCUCCUCAUGAGCUGCCUCACAGAGACCCCAUUCAGUCGGCCGUGGACGAGUUCCUCUGCCCAAAGCUCCUCCUCUGCUCAGAACUGGGGUGUGAUGGUCUGAGGGAGUUCUCUCAGAGGGUCUUCUGCCACGGACCCCCACCCUUUGUCAUUCUGAACAUGCAGCGGUGGAAGUCAGAGGAGUUGUCCUACGUUCCAUACCACUUGGCUCUCUGUCAGCACAGGUACUUACUUGAGGGCGCCACACUCUUCAACAAGGAGGAGCAUCACUACUCUGCAGCCUUCCAGAUUGACGGCUGCUGGAUGCACUAUGACGGAUUGAGGAGCGACAAUCUGAUCUUGUUACACAAGCCGCCCGAGCUCUUGCUGCUGUCCUCUCUGGUCUACAUCCGUGCCUCUGAGAAGUGAACUGUACGGAAAGAUGGAUGAUGAGCAGGAGACGCACUAAGCAUAAGAGUGAAAGCAUUCAUCCACCCGUCCUAUGAUUAUUUUGAUAUGACCCGAUGUUUAUUUCCCUCUACUUAUCGCAUCAUUUGAAUCUUUUAGUAUUUCCCGUCAGCAUUUGCUUACUGUUGGCUGUGAGAGUGCUGAAUGACAUGCUUCAUUUCACCUGGAUGCUUGCAGCAAGCUCACUGUGCAAAAGGAAAGUUACUUAACUUUUUCUAGGGGCAUGCUUGGAAUCCAAGAAUAUAAUGGACUAUAAUAGUUCUGGGUUGAUAAUCAUAACGAUAUCGAUGAAUAAUGCACAUUGUGUGAAUUAUCUGCCACAAACAAGGGACUGAUUUGAUUUAAAAAACAUCAUGGCUGUUAAAUUCCUCACAUGAGGGGGCAUUUCUAUUAAGGAGAUUACAUUAGCUGUGUACCACAUUUGUACAGUUUUCUAAGUGUUUUGAACUCUACAUUUAUGCAUAUCAGCCCUUGCUCAAAUUGAACUGGUGCUUUUUGUAUGUACACUGUGGUAUGAGGGUCAGAAACAAGGUGAAGGUCCCUGUCAGGUUAACAGGUCAGCUUUUGUUUCUUACCAUGUUUGGGAUGAGUGAACGUUAAAGUACAAUUGUACAUUUAAAUGUUACUUGUUUGGCUUCCAGGCCACUAAGCUGGCAGCAUUGACUCAGCAUAUACUGCAUUCUCCUCCACAGAAGAUAUUACUUUUUAUAACUUUAAAAAGAAUUGUUGGUGUCACACGGUGCCUCUGCCAAUGAGUUAGUAUGAAAUUGAGCUCUGUUGAGCAUUAAUCCUUUAUCAAGGCAAUUUUUUCUAUGCAAACGUUGUCUUUAAAAUGAAAAAUACAAAAAUGUUGGCCUA